ACCAAACACCGGAAGUUACCUUACAGUGCAACCUUCAAAACAACCUUCCUGGACUUAUAGCUUCUGGACCUAAGAUUUAAAUUCAGAUUACUUCAACAGUGGGGCUGCAGAAGCGGUCCGGUUCGGCUGAUCCUCCGAAACCAUGAAGCUUCUGCGGCGAACCGGAGCCACAUUGUUGUUCGGAGCGGGACUCGGAGCAGCAGUAAACCAUCUGCUCAGUUUCAGAGGACGGGCUGAGGAGGAGCAGAAAGCCGGUCUGUUGAGAUUGGUUCCGGUCCUACCGGUACCGGAGCCUCUGACCGUCCGGGCCUCCGAACUCACCGUGAGUCCAGGUAACUCUGGAGCUGUGAUGAAGUACGGCUUCCCCUCUUUGGCCAAUAUCAGAUCCAGAGAGUCCUACAUCACGUCGUAUGAUCCUCGCACACGCACUGCAUCCUGGGUAAUAGAGAGGCUAAACCCCGCCUCGCUGACAGGUGCGUCAGACAGGAGACUCUGUGAGUUCAAAGAGGACGACAGCGUUCACGUCUUCCACAGAGCCACCAAUGCAGACUACAGGGGGAGUGGCUUUGACAGGGGUCACCUGGCUGCUGCAGCCAAUCACAAGUGGAGUCAAAAGGCCAUGGAGGACACCUUCUACCUGAGCAACGUGGCUCCACAGAACCCUAAUCUGAACCAAAACACCUGGAACAACCUGGAGAAGCUCUGCCGCUCUCUGACCAAACACUACCUCAAUGUCUAUGUGUGCACGGGCCCCCUCUACCUGCCCAGGCAGGAAGAUGAUGGAAAACUCUAUGUCAGGUACCAGGUGAUUGGCUGUAACCAUGUUGCCGUGCCUACACACUUCUUUAAGGUGCUGAUUCUGGAGCAGGCUGAUGGGAAGGGGGUGGAGCUUCGCUCCUAUGUUUUACCAAAUGAACCAAUCGAUGAGAAGGUUCCUCUUGAGCGUUUUCUGGUUCCAAUAGAAACCAUCGAGCGAGCGUCUGGACUCCUGUUUGUUCCAAACAUCAUGAAGAGGACAAGUAGCCUGCAGGCCAUCAGCAACAAGUGAACUACAGUAUCCAGGAUCCCCUGCUGCAGUCUGUCAUGGGGAUGUGUUGUCACUUCCUGUAGUUUUGCUGCUAUUUAUUUUAUUAAAGUCUGCUAAUCUGAA